CAUCCCUGCUUCCUGCAGGGGAAGAAGCCCUCAAUCCUCAGCGGUCCAUCCCCGUGAGCACCAUGACCACGAUCUUCAUCUGCUUUGUGGUGUGCUUUGGUGUCUCAGCAGCACUCACCCUCACAGUGCCCUACUGCCAGAUCCGUCCUGAGAGCCCCUGGCCAGAGGCUUUCCUCUUUGUUGGGUGGGGCCCUGCCAGAUAUGUCGUGGCUGUUGGCGCCCUCUGUGCUCUUACGUCCAGUCUCCUAGGUGAUGUGUUCCCCAUGCCUCGGGGGAUGUACGUGAUGGCAGAGGAUGGAAUCCUUUUUCAGGGACUUUCCAGAUCCACGACUGCACCCGAAUACCCAUCAUGGCCAUCAUGUCUUCUGGCAUCUUUGCAGGUGAGACUCCACUACACCUUGGCUGGGGGUCAUGGACUCAAGAGGAGCUAAGAUUCUUCUAGCUUCGUGUCCUGCAUCUGCUGAAGUUGGGAAAGAGUUGGAUUAACUGUCUGAUAUUGGAUAAGUAUAGGGGCUGCUGUC